AUGAUUCGUGAUAUUCAAAUUCGAUCGAAUCAUCACUGUGAUAGAUCAUUAGACGUGUAUCGAUUGAAGUAUUCAAAUCAUUUAAAUUACUGGAAAAACCUUCGGAAGACGAAUUAUUGGAUAACAUUCGAAAACCCUCUAUUUGUUGCUUCGGUUCCUUUAACUAACGAAUGCCAUUUUCAUUCAAAUUGUACUCCUACUGACAAUCUUUCAUCGCCGACGGAAUCAACGGAUAGUGGAAUAAAUAUCUAUAUGGAGCGAACAGCUACUAUGGACGAUAUCAAUCUUCCACUUGGAUGGGAACGAUUUGAAGAUGAACAAGGAGUUUAUUAUUGGCAUAAGCGUACCGGAACGGUAACGCGCGAUCGACCUGAACCACUUACAACAUCGCCAUCAUUAACACUUUCCCCAUCACCAUCAACUGACACGUGUUAUGAAAUCAAUUCUCUUUUGUACAGAAGCGAAUCUGACAUGUCGAUUCAAACAUUGGAUAACAAUUCUGAACAACAUCGUUUCUACGUUCGUUCGCUUGGUUGGACUAUACUUAACGAAGAAGAUUUAACUUCGGAUCGAAGUAGUCGUGCUGUAAAUCGAUGUAUAUCCGAAUUGACAAGUGGUAUUAAUGAUUGUAUUCAUCGUUGGGGUGAUGGCAAAGAUCUUUAUAUGGAUAUCAGUAAAACCGAUAUACUUUUAAUUGAUCCCAGUGAAAUGACUAUUUUACAUAAACAAUCGAUUCCGUCGAUUAAAAUCUGGGGUGUCGGACGAGAAAAUUCCAGAGAUUUUGCUUAUGUCGCCAAAGAUAAAGAUCGAACGAAGAAUAUCUAUAAAUGUCAUGUUUUUCGAUGUGAUAAUACAUCAGCAAGAAUAAUUGCUAAUACAUUGCGUGAUGUGUGUAAAAACUUAAUGAUCGAACGUGGUUUACUAAAUGCGAUGAAAGAAUCUUCGCCUGACGAAAUCUCCGUACAGAAACGGCCGACAACAUUUCCGGAAUCAAUUGACAAUGAUCUAACAAAUGUGUCAUUUCCGACGCCAAUGGAAGAGCAAAAGAAAUAUCUAGCUUGUAAAUAUUUAGGCUGUAUUUAUGUUGAAAAGCCUGGUGGAAUGCAUAUCUUACGGCCAGCAAUUGAAAAAGUUUCACAAACAGUUCCGGAAGAUAAAUGGAUUUCGGUUAUAGUGAAUAUUUCACCGACAUCCCUCAUUGCUCUAUCGGAUGAUGAUGCAAAAGAACAAUUACUUGAUUGUCGUAUUCGAUAUCUUUCAUUUCUUGGUGUUGGUCAAGAUACAAAUUUUUGUGGAAUUAUUAUUCAUUGUGCAGAUAAUUCGUUUAAAUGUCAUGUUUUCUAUUGUCAACCGUCAUGUGUUCAACUUUGUAAGGAUAUCGAAGCGGCGUGUAAAUUACGUUAUCAAAAAUGUCUUGAUGCUCAUCCACAGGUGGCGCAACCAACUGAACAAACAAAAAGCUACGGUGCACAAAUCAAAAGCAUGGUGGAAUCGUUUUGGUUUGGAAAUAAAUAA